AAAUCUUUCUUUAUAAAUUUCCUGGAUGAGUCGCCAUCGGAUUCCAAACACAAAUUUGGCUCAACCAUGUCUGCUCAAAUUUCCGGCAUUUCUUCCACAUGCUCUACUGCCUCCUGCAAAGAUCAUUCUCUCAGACUCGGGUUUGAUUCACUGAGCUCCAACAGAGCAACAUCAAUCUCGUUUUCUUCUCAGCUGAACACCAAUUUGUCAAUCAAAUCUUUGGAGACUAGAAGAAGGCAUAAGACCUCUAAAAUCUGUUCAGCAGUAAUAGUAGAAAGCAACUCUGAACAAAUGGAACUUGAUACAAGUCUGAGCCCUAGAGUCAACUCUGUAAAGCCUUCAAAAACAGUGGCUAUAACUGACCAAGCAACUGCACUUGUUGAAGCUGGUGUUCCUGUCAUUCGUUUAGCUGCUGGAGAACCUGAUUUUGACACCCCAUCUGUUAUUGCUGAGGCUGGAAUAAAUGCAAUUCGUGAAGGGUUCACAAGAUAUACUCCAAAUGCAGGUACCCUAGAACUACGAACUGCUAUAUGCAAGAAACUAAAGGAUGAGAAUGAUAUUUCCUACACACCUGACCAGGUUGUGGUUAGUAAUGGGGCAAAACAGAGUAUACUACAAGCAAUCCUUGCUGUUUGUUCCCCAGGAGAUGAGGUUAUAAUUCCAGCUCCCUUUUGGGUGAGUUACCCAGAAAUGGCAAGGUUGGCUGAUGCGACACCUGUCAUUCUUCCUGCAAGAAUCUCUGAAAAUUUUCUCUUAGAUCCAAAGCUUCUUGAAUCCAAGCUUACAGAGAAGUCAAGACUGCUAAUUCUUUGCUCUCCAUCUAACCCAACAGGCUCUGUUUAUCCUAAGAAACUUCUUGAACAGAUUGCUCAAGUUGUUGCAAAGCAUCCAAGACUCCUGGUGCUCUCUGAUGAAAUAUAUGAGCAUAUAAUAUACUCGCCAGCUGUCCACACAAGCUUUGCAUCUUUGCCUGGCAUGUGGGAAAGGACACUAACAGUCAAUGGGUUCUCUAAGGCUUUUGCAAUGACUGGAUGGAGGCUUGGAUAUAUUGCUGGUCCUAAACACUUUGUUGCUGCUUGUAACAAAAUUCAAAGUCAGUCAACUUCAGGUGCGAGUAGUAUAGCUCAAAAAGCGGCUGUGGCUGCUUUAGGAAUGGGACAUGCAGGUGGAGCAGCAGUUUCACAAAUGGUCAAAGCAUUUCGUGAAAGAAGAGAUUUUUUGGUCAAAGCUUUCGGGGAAUUAGAUGGUGUCAAAAUAUCUGAACCUCAGGGUGCUUUCUACUUGUUUCUUGAUUUCAGCUAUUACUAUGGUAAUGAGGUGGAUGGCUUUGGUUUGAUUAAUGAUUCUGAAUCUUUGUGUCGGUAUUUGCUUGAAAAGGGCCAGGUUGCCCUUGUUCCUGGAGAUGCAUUUGGGGAUGACACGUGUAUCAGGAUCUCAUAUGCAGCAUCUCUCUCCACCUUACAAGCAGCUUUUGAGAGAAUCAAGAAGGCUGUUCUCACUCUCAAGUCUUAAAUCCCCGUUAUCAGUUUAAAUCUUUGCCUUUAUUUGCAAGUCAGGGGCAAAUUUGUCACUUUUGCAUUCAUAAUGGGUGUUUUCGUAAUUUGCAUGAAAAUUUGUAUUUUUCUUAGGUGAUUGGUAUGAUAAAAUUUUGUGAUUUUUACGUUGUACCAUGUAUAAUAUAAGCUAUUAACUUGCAAGCGACAAAAGAAUAAAGUUGAUAACUUCGUUUUAAAAUGUAAAA